GGAGGCCGGGCCAAGCAGGCAGCUGCAAGAGAGACAACAAGCCACGUUCAAGGGGACAGGUGGAGGCGCGGCCAUGAGGCCCCGAGUCCUCCCUCCCAGUAUCGAAACCUUUUUGGCCGAAUACGCGGCCUACCAUAAGGGCAGUCACCCCACCCUGAAGCAGGCGGAGAACGUGAUGUCCAAAGUCAGGCGGGUGAGGGCGUUCCUCCUCCACCUCUCUGUGGGGAGGAGCGACCUCGCCUCCUGGCUGUUUCUAGACGACAUCCCCGGGAUCAUGAGAUAUGCAGCACACCUCAUGAGCGAGGGGAGAGAGGUCACCACCGUCAACUUCUACCUACGGAAUGUCCUGCAGUUCUUGGGGUACCUGCAGGACACCCCACCAAGCGCCUGCAGGUUAAGGAAGGCCCAAAUCAAUGGCAUCGUCAGGGCGCUGGACAAGGCCUUGGAGAAUCUGUCCGGGCUCAUCGUGACCCACCAGCUCCAGGUGAAGACCAAUAAGAUGGGCCGCAUCGUGUCCAGGGAGAGCCUGAGGAGGUGCCAGGAGCAGGCCAGGCUGGUGAUCCCCGAGUUGCUGACCGAGAUGGAGACGGACGCAGAGUACAACCUCCGAGACGAUUUCUACGGCUACUUCUUGGCCUUUGUCGUCUCUAUUUAUGGACACAGGCCGGGAGUACUCGCCAACAUGACCGUCUCUGAGGUCGAGGCGGCCAAGAAAGACCGGCUCCUCCCGACGGACAGCGGCUACGUCAUCACCAUCAACGAGCACAGACCCAACAAGGAUGGGCGGGCCCAGAUAUUCCUGACCUUUGAGGAGUUCUCCUGGCUGGAGAGGUGGCUCGAGGUCAGGAAACAUCUGGACCCCAAAAAUCAGAAGGUGUUGGUCAGCAAGGGCGACGGGCCGGUGAAGAACAUGGUCCGGUACCUGCAGAUGGCCUGGGCCCAGAUGGGCCUGCCCGGACGGCCCACGUUCACCGACCUCAGGAUGGCGGUGUCUGCACACGCCCAAAACGUUCCCAACAAGACGACCCGGAAGCAGCUGGCGAGGUUCAUGUGCCACAACACGCCAACUGCUGAUGGUUUUGACCCACUGGUACUGGACCGCAGCCAGGCCAAGGAGUUGAGGAGGCAGUUUGAGGAGGUGACUGCCUCCUCCUCCUCCUCACAUGCCGCCACCAAGGAGGGGCACCGAGCGCCACGCCAAGGGUCCUGGAAGGCGGAGGACGCCAGCGAAGACAGUGGCGACUCGGCUGCCGAGGAGGAGGAGGAGGCCGCGGAGAUGGAGGAAGAGAGGUUGGAGAACGAAGCGGUAGAGGAAGAGGACCAGGAAAGUACGCUCCAGAAGAAGAAGCCCAGGAGGACGGUGGUCUUGAUCAGUCCUCUGCAACGGGCUAAAGAACUUUAUCGAAGCAGACACCGCCUUGUGAACAGAAAGAGAUGAAUUUAAUAUUCAGCUCUUUCUGUUCUAUUUGUAAAUAGUUUGUAACUAGUGUGAGAUGUUGAUUAUGUUGUGUGUGUUUGUUUUGGAUGGAUUUAUUGUUCAUAAUGUUGUUCUGUUUUCAUAUAAAUGUGUUCAUUUGUGUUUUAAAUACAUUUCAAACAUGUGUUAUAAUCAA